AUGAAUAUUGCUUGGCCUGAAUUUCUUCAGCCUCAUGUUGAGGUUCUGUUGUUAUGGAUUACUUGGGCUGUGGAUUACAUUGACCUGGACUACUUAGAGUAUUUAUUGUGGCUAUUCCUUCCAAUUAUCACAAUCUUCGUACUACCCGCCUUUAUCGUUCUCUUCAUGUAUGGUUGUGUAAUUUUCAUUCAUAUCUAUGGAUUGCGUCAUCAAAUUCGUGCAGCCUAUAAUACGAGUUACUGGAAUGGAGCUCGGAUCGCUAUCACCUCAUUUUGGGAUGCUGUUGGAUACGUCUGGCAUGGUUACGAAUUACGUGGUAUUGAAAAUGUACCCGACGAAGGUUCUGCUCUCUUCAUUUAUUACCACGGAUGCCUUCCGUUGGAUGUCUACUAUCUUAUCGCUAAGCUAAUCCUAUACAAAAAUCGAACGCUCCAUUGUGUCGGCGAUAAAUUUAUAUUCAAAAUUCCGGGCUGGAGUGUGAUCUGCAAGGUUUUCUCUAUCACAGCAGGUACUGUUGAAGAAUGUACUAGCCAAUUGAAAGACGGUAACCUUCUGUGUAUAGCACCUGGAGGCGUUCGCGAAGCACUUUUCUCUGAUCCAAAUGUGUACGAUAUCUUAUGGGGAAAACGACUUGGAUUCGCACGAGUUGUGAUAAACUCAAGAGCGCCAGUGAUUCCUAUGUUCACAGAGAACUGUCGCGAGUCUUUUCGAACACCGGUUUGGGGACGGAACUUCUUUCGGUGGAUUUAUGAAAAAACUAAGGUGCCUUUGUGUCCUGUUUAUGGCGGAUUCCCGGUCAAAAUGAUUACACACCUCGGCAAACCGAUGAUAUUUGAUUAUGACAAUGUUUCUCCAGAAGAGGUUCGUCGUCAAAUAAAACGAGAAGUACGAGCACUAAUACGACAGCAUCAACGUUUACCAGGUAGUAUUCUGAGGGGAAUCGCACAACGAUUCCGAUCCGGAAGACAAUCGCGGCAAAGAGAAGAACAUCCGGAACAAAUUGUAAGGAAUUUUUUAGAACAUCGUUUUGUGAUUAUUUGA